AAAGAGGAAAGAAAUCUUCCGACUGACCUGCCAAGAAGCUAAGUGAAGGUCGAUGAAAAUUACUACAGAGUAUGGCGAAAAUGAAGCUAUUUACCCAUUGGGUUCUUGCAUAAUAGCAUGCGUCGCAUCUCCGGACGCUACGGCCUUGAAUAAUAUGGUUCAUGCAAAGAUGGCUUCGCAUGAGCUAGAUGAGCCAGAAAAGACAGACAAGACAAACUCGACACCUCCCGCACAAGGAAACAGUCGUAUAAUCAUAUCGAAAGCCUGCCCAGACACCCUGCAGCCAGCAGUACCACAGGGUAGUUUUUACCUCGAGAACCAAACGAAGCUAAAUAUUUCACUGGGUAUUAGCGACAGAGAAUCUCACCGAAAGUGGCUUGGCGAGCUCCAGUUCAAAUGUAGGGAUGUCCCGCGACUUAUGCGCGAAGGUCUUCACUGGAAUUUGGACAACGUUUCAUGGGAGGACGGUUUCUUCAGUCCGACCAGCUCGGCCGGCAGGGAAUUCGAAGUCGAUUUUUGGAUGACCAAUCUGUUGGGUGGGGAUGGAUAUACUCAAACACGCCAUUACUUUUUGCGCGACAUACAGGAAGAGCCGCCACGAUGGGUCGCCCACUUUCUGAUUCAUGGCGUGACAACUAAGGUCUUAGCUGAUUUUCGCCUCGAUAAGAUCUCUGUCGAGCACGUCGAGCACGCGGUUGCUCGUAGUAAUCUUGGGGAGAGGUUCAUCUAUCGCUAUAAUAGAAAGGACCCUAAGGAAACAUUUAAUGCUAUCUAUGACGAUAUGCCAAUGGAAGGCUGGUGGCCAUGGCCAAAGAAGGGAUACCCUUAUUAGUAAGGACGAAUUUGAAAGAUCAUCGGGAUUGAUGUAUCGUGGGAUAUUUAGAGGGCCACCACUCUAAAAAGCAAGUUCACGCAUGUUUUACACUGUAGGCGCGG